CAAAAUUUCUUGCCUGGUUAUGGAUUCUCGUGAUCAGUCUAUUUUCAGAACAUAGCAAAUUUGGGGUGGCGGAUUCUCCUCCUCCUGAUGUGGGUAACUCUAGUACUGCGUCCUUGACAGAUUCUCAACCUAUAACUAAUGAUAAUUUUCAUAAUGGGAGAGGCUACACUGGAAAUGGUUAUGUUAGCAGUGCGGGUGAUUCCGGCGGAGGAAGAUACGAGCUUUGCGGCACAGAUAUUAGCACGUUCCUUCCUCCGCCUUACGGGAAUAUCUCAGGCCUCUCCUGUACGCCUCUUUGGAAUACUUUCGUAUUGAGGUACUUGCAAAGGGAAGAUAAACUAAUGACCAUAAUCUUGUCGGCGGUGUACGUGACAGGGUGGGUUGGAAUUGGGUUUUCUCGGGAUGGAAGGAUGGUUGGAUCUAGUGCCAUGGUGGGAUGGUUGACGAAGAGAGGUCACGUGAGGAUCAAGCAGUAUUAUUUGCAGGGUACCGAUCCAUCGCAGGUGGUGCCGGAUCAGGGUGAACUCGAAUUGCAGAAAGUCCCACCCGUGGUUGUACUGCAUGGAGCCAUGAUUUACAUGGCGUUUCAAGUCAGAUUUCAAACUCGCCUUGCCAGACAACCAAUUUUACUGGCUUUUAGCAGUACUUACCCGAGAAGAACCGGCUAUCUUUCUCGGCAUGAUGAUAAAACUACCAUUUUAAUCGAUUUCUCCAGAGCUUCUUUUUCUAUUGUAGACACGGUUUCUAGCCGUAGGAGGAAUCAUGGGAUAUUGGGUAUAUUCGCAUGGGGUCUAAUCCUUCCACUGGGGGCGAUUUUUUCGAGAUACAUGAGACAUAAAGAUCCUUUGUGGUAUUAUCUUCAUGCAAUUACUCAAUUUCUUGGGUUCAUCAUUGGCUUUGUUACUGUACUACUUGGAGUUCGACUGUAUGAUAAAAUGAAGGCCAACGCCCCAGCACAUAGAGGAAUAGGGAUCUUUGUUCUUGUGGCUAGUAACCUUCAGGUACUGGCUCUCGUUCUACGGCCGAGCAAUUUAUCCAAGAUUCGUAAAUACUGGAACUUAUAUCACCAUUGGUUAGGGAGGACUGCCCUCUUCUUUGGAUCUUUAAACAUAGUUCUGGGAAUCAUAUUAUCAAAUUCAGGAAGCAGCUGGAAAAUUGGCUAUGGUUUUCUUCUGACUGUAAUUUUAGUUGUGGUUAUCGUUCUAGAAAUCUUGUUAAGAACGAGAAGGUCAGAAAAAACAGUGUCUUCCCCUCCAACCUUCCAAAUGAAUCCAGAACAUGAAGAGUUUUCAGGGUCUUGGUCCUUAGCGUCCAAGAGUCAUGAUGAGCUCCUUGGGAGCUUUUAUUAAGAAGGAACUAUUUGAAUGCAAAACUACGCUUGGUACCCCCCCUAGCUAGACGCUCUUGGUCAGCUUUCCUUGGCACAAGAACCAAGAUUCAACCUGUCACUCAGAUAUGGAGUUGCUUCCUGAGAUUGUUUUUCUUUGACCUGGCAAGAAAUCUUGAUUUUCCUCGUGAUUAAUUUUCU